AUGUCAUCAAGGUCAUCGUCCAAAGAAUCGCAGUCAUUGCUCCAUGACCGACAUCAAGAGCCUUCUUAUAACUCUGUGGAGGUUGCAGAAUCAAGCUUACCGAAUUCGGACCCCCCGCCGCUGAAUCAAGUCUCCCGUAUUGAUCUUUUUUGGAUCCUGUCGGGUCUCUGGAGUGCGGUGUUCCUUGGUGCCUUGGAUGGCACAAUUGUGGCUACGCUUCUCUCACCAAUAGGAAGCUACUUCAAUAAAUCUAACCAGGCUUCAUACCUGGGGACAUCAUAUUUACUCUCAGUAUGCUGCUUUACCCCUCUAUACGGUCGACUAUCAGACAUCUUAGGUCGCAAAGGAGCCAUGCUUCUCGGACUGACUUUAUUCGGAUCGGGCACCAUCGCAUGCGCAUUCGCUCCAUCUAUGGAGGCAUUGAUUGUCGCGCGCGCAGUUGCCGGAAUGGGCGGUGGAGGAGUGAUGACAGUCAGCAGCAUCGCCGUCACUGAUCUUAUACCAUUAAAACACCGUGGCCUAUAUCAAGGAAUGACUAAUAUUUUGUUUGGUCUGGGUGCUGGCCUUGGCGGUCCAGUUGGAGGGUGGGUGAAUGACACCCUGGGUUGGCGGGCAGCAUUCUUAUUGCAGGCGCCGUUGUUGCUUAUAUCUUUCAUUUUGGUUGCACUCAAGGUCAACAUAAAGUUGUCCGACGAGAUUCAGAACCAGAGCACAUACUCCAAACUGCAGCGUAUUGAUUUCAUGGGAUCAUUCACGCUAGUUGUCGCGGUCGCCGGAUUGUUGCUCGGCUUCAGUCUCAAGACUACUGAGGAACUUCCGUGGUCUCACCCCCUAAUAUGGGGACUUUUCUGCACCAGCGCUGUUUUCUGGGUUGCCUUCAUAUUAGUGGAGGCUCGUUGGGCGCCGUACCCUGUGAUGCCCCUGCGUUUGAUUACGCAACGCACCCCGUUAGCGGUUUCCCUGGCCAACUUUUUAAGUUCCAUAACUGCUUUUUCAAUGCUAUACUAUGUCCCUAUGUAUUUCUCCGCUGUGAGGCUAGACUCAUCCACGAAUGCCGGUCUACAUUUACUCCCUCAUUCUGUUGCUCUGUCCACGGGAAGUAUGUUCGCUGGCUGGAUGAUGCGUCGGACAGGCAAACUGUAUCAUUUAACGUUAGCCUCUGCCGCCUUAACCAUUCUCGCCAGCAUUCUCGCCGCUCUAUGGAAUGAUAACACAUCGAAGUACCAUCUAUGGCUAGAUAUUAUCCCACAGGGUUUUGGAAUGGCCAGCUUAAUCACUUCUACACUAAUUGCGAUGAUCGCGGGCGUUUACAAGGAAGAUAUGGCCGUUGCAACCGGUAUCACGUAUCUUUUCCGAACAACAGGUCAGGUUCUCGGUGUCAGUUUAUCAGGGGCAGUGCUCCAGAGCGUUCUGGUCAGAAAAUUACGCCAGCGAAUUACUGGACCUGGUUCAUUCGAAAUCAUCGAGGAGAUACGACACUCGAUAGGCUCGAUCCCUAACCUCGCGCCUGCACUCAGAAAAGCUGCAGUGGAGUCAUACGCCGAUGCACUCCGUGUUGUUUUCAUUUGCCAGAUUGCAAUCAAUAUUCUCGUCUUCAUUACAUGCGUACCCAUCGAGGAGCACCCAUUACCAGGAACACACCAGGAGCAAGAAGAACAUUAUAGGAACCAACAAAAUCCGCGAAAUAGCACUGCUUCAACCGUAGAGUAA